GUUUCUUAAAAGUCCUCGUAAUAAUCUUGUCAUUGUGCUGACUACUCUCUAUCCACAUACAGCACAAAAUUUGAAGGCAAUUUUUGGAUUUACCGUAAUUACACCAAUACUGGAGCAAAAAGAAGCAAUUGUUGAAGAAAUGUUAAAAAGUGGCAUGAUAACAAGCAUCAUACAUCAUUUGAAUGCUUUCCUAUUUUACUUUCUUUUAGUAAUUGGAUGCAUAGUAUGUUUUAAUGUUGUAAAUAAACAAUGCCUGCCGGGAUGAAAUAUGCACUGCACUGCACAGCUUGGCCUAUUACCUAUAUUACGGUAAUAGGCACUACUUGACAGUACCGCGAGACAACAGCCGGAGGACACCUGUUGAAGAGGAGACGAGAGGAGGGAAACUUACUGGAGCGAAGUUGGAAAGAAGGGGUAAGUCAAACGAAGCAUCUUAAAAUUGAAUUUCUGUGUAAAUGCAAGUGUAUCUCUAGCAACUGUCUUUCUUGCUCAGUAUUUGUUGGAAACUUUGUUGCUAACAUUAGCUAGGUAAGGAGAACAGGUUAAAGUCGUCCUAGUUAGCUAGGCGGCAAACUUGUCCCGUUGUAUAGCCUAUUAUAUAUUUGAUUAGCAGAUUGUGAGAUGUAAAUGGCUUGUUUUAAUCCGUUUGAUUUGGUUUUAACAUGGAGUGGUCGUGUUUUUCCCCCUUUUUAAUGCUGGUCUAGAUGGAAACUCGUGGCAAGAAGAGAGGUGCAUGGGGGGGCAGGACCAAAGACAAACCUCACCAGUGUUCCUCUACGACCGUGACAGUUCAGGAUGCUCAAUCUGAAGAUGAAGCUUGCAUGCAACCUAAGACCAAAAAGGCCAAAGCCCAUUGCUCCCCGAAGGAAUCAUUGACAAUUCAGGAUGCUCAAUCUGGAGAUGAAGCUGGCAUGCAACCUAAGACCAAAAAGACCAAAGUUCGUUGUUCCCCGAAUAAAUCAUGGUCACCAACGGGAGCAUCAUUUAUUGCAAAAUUAAAAGAGGAGAACAAAUUAGCUAAGAUAAAAAUACAGCACCUGGAGGAACAGAUGAAGCACCUGGAACAGGCCAACAUCGACCUCAAAAAGGACAAAGAUUUUCUACUCAGUAGAUUUAGCGAGAAGCCAGGUCAUUUUCACAAGGCCGCAAAGCAAGAAAUCAUCUUGACCUCAUCUACCUCCCCUGAACCAUCCUCAUCCUCAUCCUCCGAUGGGCCAUCCUCAGAGGAAGAGGAGAACAAGAAGAAGAAGAGGAAGAAGACCAAGAAGCCAGUGAAAACCUUAGAGCCGCACAGUCGCUCAAGGAUGACUACCGUUGAUGGUGUCAUCCGGCGAUACAAGGAUGCACUAAAAAGGUUUAAAAAAACUGGAUCCAUGAGAAGAUCGUUCGAGCACUUGGGGGUUGACCGCAACACGAUUGCAAGGACGGCUCCCAUCGCCGAGCUCUACAUCUGUUUCUCCGAUGUAUUUAAGAGUUUGUCAAGAGAUGAGCAUGAAAAAAUCUCCACGUUCACAGAGAGGUGCAGGGCAGCUAUAACUGCCGAAAUGGCACACACAGUAACACAGAAAAAAAAGGCAGGAGAACUGCUACCAAUUACAUAUAAGCUGACCUAGUUAAAAAAACAUAACAAUUUACUAAUUGGUCAUUAGUUUUUAUUUUAUUGUUUAAUAUGUUUUAAGAGGCUGGAACACCACAUUGUUUCUUCCAGUAUUUGUUGUUUUUUCAAUAUUGGAAUUUCUGACAUUUACAAAUGCUGACUGUAUUAUGUUGGAUGUCAGUAUGUUAUGCAUGUUGAGCAUGUUGUCACAGUAUUAAACUGCUAUAUUGUUUA